UGCACCCUCUGAGGGAGCAGCUCACUUCACCCCCGACCAGUCGCUCAUCCACAUCACAGUCUCCACAGCAACAGAGACUCUGCUCUCCAGCAUGCAGAUUCUUCUGCUGGCGGUCUUGCUCUCACUCUGUGCAGGAGCUGAGGUGAACCGGGUCAGGAUGCCGUCCUGCGGAGGAAUGACCUUGACUCAGGCCUGUCCACUCAACUACUCUCCAGUGUGUGGCAGUGACGGGGUCACGUACGCUAAUGAGUGCUUCCUGUGUGUUCGACGACUGGAAACAAACACAGACAUCAUGAUCGUGAAGGAGAUCGCCUGCUCGGCCGGACGCAGCUGAAGCCAUGACACACCCGCUGACGACAAGAUCCAAUGCUUCCCUGUAGACCGUCGCGUAUCACACACACUCAGUUAGACAUUGUGAAGUUUCUCAUUGCUAUAGCUCAGAAUUGGUCUCCUGGAGUUAACCAAGAUCCCUUAAAACCGAGCUGCAGGUCAGGAGCCCUGAAGUAGAGUUCAGGGUUAGAGCUGAAGAUCGUAGGUCACAUUUGCGUUUGUGAACUUAGAAUAAAAAGUUUUUUAGUAA